AUAAUACUAUCUAUAAAGAACAAGUCGAUAAGGCUUUGGUUGAAUUCAUAGUUACUGAUUCACAGCCAUUUUAUAUGUUAGAAAAUCUAGAAUUUAUAAAAUAUUCAUUAGCACUUAGUCUAUCUUACAAAUUGCCAAGUAAUAAAGAAAUAAAAAAUAAAAUUUAUUUGGCUUAUGAUUGGAUGUCAACAGUUGUUCGUAUGUGCAAUAAUAUUAUUAAAAAUCAUGAGUAUUUACAAGCAAUAGCAGAUGUUUCAACAAGAUGGGAUUCUAUAUACUUGGCAUGGGUUCGAAUUUUUAAAUUAAAACCUGCUAUCGAAAUAAUACAAGUAAUAUUAAGUUAUAAUAAUGAUUCUGUGGUCAAGAAAGAUGCACGACGCCUUAAACAAAUAAUAUUAACACCAAAUGAAUAG